AUGGACCAUGGACCAUCGUGGUUAGGGGCAAUCUACUUUGCCUCAGGUUCUACUGCUGAAGAUGAGGUCAUGCUACGAAUGUACUCAAGAAAGCUCCGAGACAUAGAAAGAGAAUCCACCUUCGAUGUUGUGUAUUCGAGGCUUGGUCGGAGGAGGAACUGGCGUCUCCAGUACGACGUCGUCCCUCCCUUCCAGGACCCUCGACACGUUCACCUCAAAUCAAUCUGGACAUUCGACCUCGACGACGAUGUUCUGCGACUCGACAAAAAGGAUCUCAAUCUUCAGGUUCCCCUCAAUCUCGUGCGCUUUCGUUCCAUAACCAUUGCCGAUUUCGAGCCUUACCAGCCGCCCCUCGCCCGCAGCAAACAUAGCUUGCAAUCCGUCUUCGUCUUCCCGCGAUCUUGGACCAACAUGACGCGGAACGGAGUAGACCGUAGUCAACUACUGCGGUAUAAAGCUCUCGUUCCCAUCCUGCUCGCCGACUUUGUGUACCAGUGGAGGCAUGUCUUCGGCGGCCGUUACAACAACGCCACGUUCCGAAGGCUUGCAUUCGCAAUCAUCAAGAUUGCGACUCUUGACUUCCGCGUCGAGGAAGUAACUCAGCCGCGUCCGCCUAUUGCGACUCAUUUCAUCUGGAUCAAUGACCUUCCAGACUGGGAGCCGUUCAGUGGCGAUAUUGUCCGAGUUGGCGGGGUGUCUAUCGUUAUAUCUCAGCACAUUCCGCAUGCUGUCUCUCUAAUCCUAAAGGAUUUCGCGAAACGGAACCGACAGAGCGCCCAGGACCCCCAGGACCCCCAGAAUCAACUGCCUGGUAACAGUCUUACUUACCUCGUGUUCUCAGUGAAGGAGGUUAUCCUAUUCCGGAUGAGUCGCCAGGGCGAACGACAUUCGAGGACCCUCCGUCUCUUCGACGGUGUAGAGCCUCCUUCCGAUGAAGCCAUCGAUCUUCUCCUUGAAGCCACACAGACAAGUGUUCCUACGACUCGUCUUCAUCACCUCCCCAUGGAGCUGCAGGAUGCUGCCAUACGCAAUGUUGCGGCAGGACCCAUUGAGAGCGCUAGAGUGGGCUGCAUUCUCAACGCCGGCUCAGUUUUCACAUGGAGACGCAAUAACCGGAGCAUUCGAAGACAGGAAGUCCGCGCGUUUCGAUCACCGCAGUCUCCCGUGGAGUCGCAGAUUUUCUUCGGCGACUCCUUCAGUGGACUAGCGUACAAGUAA